UUCCUGCAGUGAAGGUGCCACCAUUUUGUAACCGCGUUGUCCCCACCCUUUCUCGUUCUUAUUCUACUGCACCACCAGAAAAGAAGGGUGGAAGCGGAACUUUACUUUUGAUUGGAGCAGCCCUUCUUGGUGGAGGUGCUGGUUAUUAUUUUUAUGCCAGUGACAACGCUAAAGUAACCGAGAAAGUCGAGAAGACCGUUAAAAAAGGAGUUGAUUAUCAAUCGGUUUAUAAUCAAAUCGCUGAUAUUCUCGAAGAUAAUGAUUAUGAUGAUGGAUCGUACGGUCCGGUUUUCAUUCGUUUGGCAUGGCACGCUUCUGGUACAUAUGAUAAAAACACCAACACUGGAGGCAGCGAUGGCUCUACAAUGCGAUUCUCGCCGGAAUCUGAUCAUGCUGCUAAUGCUGGACUAAAAGUGGCGAGAGACAAAUUGGAGCCUAUAAAACAAGCAAAUUCCGAGAUAACAUAUGCGGAUUUAUGGAGUCUAGCUGGUGUCGUCGCAGUUCAAGAAUCGGGUGGUCCUAAUAUUCCGUGGAUACCUGGCCGAAAGGACGCUGAUAGCUCGGCGGCGUGUACUCCUGAUGGUCGUCUCCCCGAUGCUUCUAAAGGCUCGAGUCAUCUUCGCGAUAUUUUCUACCGCAUGGGAUUCAAUGACCGAGAAAUUGUCGCACUCGCUGGAGCUCAUGCUCUCGGCAGGUGUCAUAAAGAAAGAUCGGGUUAUGAAGGUCCUUGGACAACUUCACCUACUUUACUCACCAAUGGUUUUUACAAAGAACUUCUGGAAAAAAAAUGGGUCGAGAAAAAAUGGAAAGGGAAUAAACAAUAUGUUGAUAAGGAAACAG